AUGUCUCCUCGACGUGCCCGUGCUACCAAGCGCAAUCUUGUUCGCUGGACUGAUGACCUCGACAAGGAAGUGUUGCUUGUUGUUCAAUACGCUUGUGCUGAGGCUGGAAUCAAGAUACCUUGGGGCAGAGUUGCUGAAAUCAUGGGUCCUCAUUUCACCGAAGGAGCGAUCGUUCAGCAUCUCGCGAAACUUCGUACCUUGAUGGCAAAACUCGAAAUACCUGUCCCACCAGCUCUCAAGCGUGGUAUGCUGACCAAGACACCAUCAAAGGUGUAUGGCAAUGUUACUCCCAAACGCACCUUCGACCGCAUUGAGCCACUCUACACAGGCAGCCCCAAUGCAAAUGCCGACACCAGAUCCGUCUACGAAAAAGCAGCUAGCAUCAAGGUCGAAGAGGAUGGAUCUCCAACUCCGCAGGGAAAGGGCCGGAUGCGUACUGGCGGUCGUACUCGCAACAUGAGUGAUGACGACGACGACGAAGAAGAUGAUGAUCCUGUCCCAGAGACCUUGUAUGAUUCGGACGCCAGCCCAAAAAAGAAGCGUCGUGCAACCAAGAGCAAGAAAGUGGACACAAGUGCCGUUGAUCUGCCAGCAACUCCGGAACGGAAGGUGGAGGAAUCGGGAGAAAGCUCAAUCAGCACCAUUGAGCAAUCCACUGGUCCAAGUCGCCGUACUCGAGGCAUCAAGCGUGACUAUACCUUGAUGGAUCCAGUGCUUGAUGACAUGGAUGCCGAUGUCGAUCAAGAUGACGAUGACUCUGUCGCUGGUAAUGAUGACUCUUCAGAUCCUGGUGAAGAAUCAGCAAUGCCCGCGGGCAAGUUUCAGGACUUUCCUACCCUCGCUCCCUCUGACAUCGACAUCAUGGCAACAGUUAAUGUCAACGAUGAUUUGCCACACCUGGGCUCUGACAUCUUUGGAGAAAAUGCUGCCAAUAUCAAUGCUCCCAACGUCGACCCCUUUACCGGAGUGUCUGGAUGGCACGGUGUCGCUGGAAUGUUCGCUAGUAUGCCUGCUGCAAGCUUCCCCCCCGGUACAGUCAACGGCGCAGCUCUGUGGAGGCCAAACAGCCUCUACAAUCAGCCUGAAAUGAACCUGCAAAACUUUGAUAUGCCGUUGGCUUUGGGAACUGGCCCCAUGGAAUUUGCGCCCGAGCUGUUCCGUCAAUAUUCAGUUGACUCGUCCUACCAGACCAGCCGCAACGAUUCAGUAGCCACUGGAAUGUCUUCGUUUACUUCUGCGUCCGAGUCUCAGCAAGAUCGACCUCGGGCCCGUUUGGCCGAAGCUGCAACAUUCAAGGUUGACAACCUUGAUGAUUUUAGCUUGGAUCCACAAGAGAAGCCAGGUCCGGUCUUGAACGAGCACUGGAACGAGGCAUUUUCUCAAGACAUGGACGAAUUCGCCAGCACUGGCAAGGAUUUCAGUGUCUAG